AACGAAAUUAUAAUAAAUGUAACGUCGUCUGACCUUGCUAGUGGUCGAAUCGGUUUAGUGGUUUCUCUUUGAUACCAGUUCAGGAAAUUUUCAAAGUUCUGAAAACUCAGCUGAGCAAAAACUGGGAGGACGGCAGCUUAACGGUCUUGCGUCAGUGGAUGACAGUGUCUUUUGUGCAAUACAAUAAACUUAUCAAGUUUUUUUGGUAAAUUAGAGAAAACAAAAUGAAGUCAUACGAUAUCAAUUUGGAUGAACUGCCUCACGAAGAACGGGACGCUGUUGUGGAGUUAAGACAGCGAAUGAAAGGACAGAUGGAGCCAGAAUUAUAUGACGAGAUAUCCAUGUUUCAUCGUUUUCUAAAAGCUAGAAAUUUCAACUUAAAUGCCUCUGAAGAAAUGAUGAGAAAACAUCUUAUAUGGAGAAAACUGAAUCAAGUUGAUACCAUAUUAACGGAUUUCACACCUUCAGAGGUCGUAGAAAAGUACCUACCCCUAAGCAGGAUGGGUUUUGACAAAGAAGGCUCACCUAUUCUAUAUUCGCAAUUUGGAAACCUUGAUUCACGAGGUUUGAUAAAAUCCGUGAGGCGAGUAGACGUAAUGAAAGUAAUAGUGAAAAGUCUCGAAAUUGAUGUUCAAGAAAUGAAACAAGAAAGUAUGAAGAGAGGAAAAAGAAUUGACAAAUGGAUCUAUAUAUUCAAUUUCGAAAACUUCAGCCUCGCCACAGCUACUCAUAAAGCAACUCUCGAAAUUUUAGGAAGUUUAGUAACGAUGUAUGAAGCAAAUUAUCCCGAAAGGCUAAAAGUUGGAAUAUUCAUCAACGCUUCCUUGUAUUUUACACUUGCGUGGAGUGUCAUAAAGCCAUUUUUAUCAGGACCCACAGUGAAAAAAGUUAAAAUUUUUGGAAAAGAGGGCUGGCAAGAGGAAUUGUUGAAAAUCAUUGAUGCAGACACAUUACCUAAGUUCUUAGGCGGUAAUCGAACAGAUCCAGAUGGCAAUCCUUUAUGCAAAACUGUUAUCAAUCACGGUGGCCAAGUUCCAGAAUCAUAUUACAUUUACAAAGACUCCAAAAGCUUAUCUCAACUCCCUGGUGUACGAAAGUUGAGUAUUUCUCGGAUGUCCAAAACAGAUCUGCCUCUCCACGUAAUUGAGCCCGGUUCCACAAUUGAGUGGGAGUUCGAGACAAAGAGUAAAGAUAUAGGUUUCGCCCUUCUCUAUCAAGAAUACAAAGGAGCCAACAUAAAGGAACUCAUCCCUAACCAACGAAUAGAUACGAUGGUAUCUGCUGAAACAGGAACAUAUUUAUGCGACAAAGCUGGAAUUUAUACCAUACAGUUCGAUAAUUCUUACAGCUGGAUGCAUCAUAAGGAAGUUUACUGCAAAGCUGUUGUGAUACCUAGGGUAAAAAAGUCAUAACCAAUCUGUAAUGGCUCUGCAUCAUUUUGAACAUUUGUGUAAAAAUAUUUUAUUGUAUACGACAUUUUUUUUUUCCUUCACUCAUUUAAACAUGACAUUUUUUUCUUGUUAUUUAGUACACAUAAAAACGUUUUCCAGUAUUUUAUUGCUUUGUUUGUAAUGCUGUAUGACUUCUGUAAUUUUUUAUGUAUGUCUUUGUAUUUUUAUGUAUGGCUUAUGUAUGAUAUUAUGUAUGUGACUUUUGAAUGCUUCAAACUUAGCGUUAUGUACUUUUUAUGAAAUAAAUCAUUGUAAUAUACAAACGAAGAAAUUUGUUC